AUAUUUCAAUCUUUUGUUUGAACAUUAAAUAUUCUUUCAUCUGUCCUCAAUAAAAUAUCGCCAUUUCCAAGUUGGCCACCAGUAAACAUCAUGUAUUCUUCUCAUUCCCAAGACUAUCCCCCAAAACAACCAUCGCCACCACCAUCAGCUCCUCCACAAUCAUAUUACCAACCACCGGCACCACCACAAUCCAAUUACCAACCACCGGAGUAUGCCACAGGUAUUCCGGUGGCUCAUAAACCCAUCAACGAGAAAUGGUCCAGCAGCCUUUGUGCCUGUUGCUCCGAUGUCCCCAACUGUUGCUUAACAUGUUGGUGUCCAUGCAUUACUUUCGGACAAAUAGCUGAGAUCAUUGACAAAGGGAACACUUCCUGUGGAGUACAAGGGGCUCUCUAUGCAAUAAUCUCAACAUUCACAUGUUGUGGAUGUUUGUAUUCUUGUGUAUUUCGGAGCAAGAUGAGGAGCCAAUAUGGACUACGUGAGACUCCUUGCAACGAUUGUCUUGUUCAUUGGUGUUGUGAACCCUGUGCCUUGUGUCAAGAGUAUCGUGAGCUUAAACAUCGUGGAUUUGACAUAUCUAUUGGAUGGCAAGGUAACAUGGAGAGGCAAAAUCAUGGAGUACAAAUGCCACCUAUGGCUCUAGGUGGAAUGUACCGUUAAGAUACCUAUUCAUUACUUCAUUAUGGAGAAACCGAAUAUUAAUUUAAAGAUAAACAACAUAAUUGUUUUUUUUUAUAGAAGAUCACCAAAUCGUUGGUAAAUAUUUUUUGCUUUGCGUAUUGAAUUUUAUCAUGUUGUAGUAAUGUGUAACUUAAUCGUUAGUUGUAUUCAAAUUUAUUUGUUAUAUAAGUAUUGGUUUCAUAUUUACACAUGGGACUUGUGGUCAGUUUGGUAUCUAUCACUUGUUGGUAUUACAAAGGAGCCUUAAGGAGGUACCUAGGUUUUAUGAAUUAAAACAAAACAGGGGAUAGGAUAACAAAAUGGGCAGCUUUAGCUGCAUGUUUAUUCACUUUCACAAUUAAACAAGAUGGGACAAUACCACCAAAGUACACUUUCUCACAUCUCUUUAUGUUUCACUUUUCCCAUCACUUUUGUAAGAAUAUUUGUCCUUUGUUCCUUGCUGCAAACGAGUCACCUUCACUUCUCCAUUUUCCACACAUUCUCUAAUGAAAUGGAAUCUUGGGUCGAUAUGCUUACUCCUCCUGUGAAAUAUCGGGCUUUUUCAUAAGAUCUAAGGCUGACUUAUUAUCAAUAUGUUGGACUGCAGUCGGUGAGUAGGCGUCAUAUCCAAAUAACAUGACAUGUUGCCAUGGUGGCUGCCAUAAACUCUGCUUCACAUGAGGAUAAAGCAACACUCCGCUGUUUAUAAGACGCCCAUGUAACUAGGUUCUCAUUAAUGUAGAAUGUCAUACCACUAGCAGGGGCGGAACACGGACAUUAUAAUUAGGGGGGCCAAAAUUAAAAUUUCAAACGCUAACCUUAUAAACAAAAACAAAAAAAAAAUUGGUGUAAAAUUUCGACAUACAAAAAAUAUUUGGGAAAAAACUAAUAUGAAAUAUUGUUACAUUGUAUAUCCAAAUAGAAAUCGUUGUUAUUGUGUGUUUUGAAAAUCCUAAUUUUUUUUCUACAACUAAUAUUUUUUAUCAAAUUCCUUUUCAAUAUACAAAAUAAAGAAAAAAUAAAAACAAAGAGUCCAUCAUAAAAUCAUUUCCGCUUUUAUUGCGUAAAAUACCUUCAUUUUCUAAUUCAUGCUAAUUAAAUAUUAUAUUUUUCCAGUGAUUCUAAUUUACAGUAUAUAAAGAAUAACUAAUUUAUUCAUAAAUAAGUAUAGACUAUUAAAAUUCAUAGAUGUUACUUGUCACCUUUCAUAGACUUACUUUUUCAUAUUUACAAUUCAUACCUCACACAUUACAAUGUCUGAUUAUUUGAUAUAACGAAGUCUUAAUGGGAGAAAAUAAAGCAGAAAAUAAAAAGCCAAAGAAGAUAGAGACAUAUAUAUUACCAUUUUAUCUUUUAGUACUCCUAUGGAGAGGAGACCGAAGAGCCGGAGAAGGUAAGGCGGAGAGUGACAGCAGACAGUGCGUCCGGCGAGGCAGAGCGGCCUGUGGAAAGUGAGAAUGACAACAGUGCAAAGUCCGACGACCGGUGGAGAGGAGAGAGAUGGUGCACGGAGAACGCGACAGUCCGGCGUCGGAUACCGCCAUACCGGUGGUUGAGAUGCUGUCGAACGGAAUCUUUGUUUUCCAGCGGAAGGAAUAAGUUUUUAGGGUUUUUUUCUCAAACUCUAAGCUCGAGUUAAGAUUUUUGCAAAUAUGAAUAAAUUUUCAUUAUUUUUGUAAUGUUUAAGAUCUAUUUAACAAAUCUGUUGUGAUUUGUUGAGUGA